GUGUAGCAAAGCGAACCGCUGCGGAAUAGUUGAUUUCUGUCGAGUGGCGGAACCCACUAACUGGCGCUUUCGGGGCGCCACAUUUCAAAUGGAAAGCGUUGCGCUCAGUCGCACGUCAACCUCUAUGGCAAUAGGGCGUAUCAUUGGGUGUUCGCUUCUCCGUUGGUCGUCGCAUCGGGUCAACUGCGCAGAGAAAAACAGGUGCGGGAACAAGGAUAACGCAGUGGUUAAUUAUAGGGAUUAUUGAUUGGCAACAUGGCCUGCCGCACGUCGUUCCUGAAAGCCGUUCUUAUCGUUCUCAAUGUGCUGCUAUCGCUGAUUGGAGUGACUUUGAUUGCUCUGUCCGUGUAUGAGCUGAACAGCUCUACGCCGGGCACCUUCGAGCACAUCGCCAUCGUUGUUCAGAUCUUCGUGGGCACCUUCGUGGUCCUGACCUCGUUUCUGGGCUGCUUUGCCACGGCUCGGGUUUCCCUGGGACUGGUUUGGAGCUAUGUGAUCUGCCUGCUAAUCCUGCUGUGCCUGCAGAUCUACAUAAUCGCAGCAGCUCACUCUACGGACUACGUGGAGCGAUCCAGGAAGGACUUCCUGGUCAUCUGGGCUGAUCAAAGGGCCAAUGUGGAACGCAUAUCGCUCGUCGAGCAAAAGUACUCCUGCUGCGGCCAGUUGGGCGCCCACGACUACAUCCUGAUGGGCCGCGGAAUACCCUUGAGCUGCUACAGGGCGCAGGAGCGGCGUGAGAACACCCUCUUCCCUGAGGGCUGCCAGCAGGCUGUGCAGGCCCAUGCCACCGACAACGUGGCCAUCGGACUCAUCAUCAAGUGGCUGCUGCUUCUGGUGGAGGUAGGUUCCAUGCCGGCCCUGGCCACAUUUUUCAGUGGGCUUGGUUGGCCAAGGGCGGUGCGCAUAAAUAGACGACCUAUUAGACGGUGGGCUCUAAUCAAAUCUAUUCCCUUUUCUCCGCACAGUUGGGCGCCCUGGGAGCCGCAACGCACUUGGGCAUCACGGUGCGCAAUAAAUUGCGGCGCGAAAGAUUCUAAGAGGUCUCUAGGAAUCGCCGAAAUCGGUUGUUGGCAACGCAUAAUCCGAUAUCAAUGAAUUUUUAUAGCAGUUUAAGAUGAUCUGGAGGCAACAGAAGCGUAGAAUAAAAAAUAAACCAAAA